AUGCUCGUGACGUUUGUCGUCGACACGAGCGCGUCCAUGAACCAGAGCACGAGCUCCGGCAUGACGCUACUGGACUACGCCAAGUCGGCCGUCGAGCGCUUCGUGAAGCGCGUGCGGGAUCCCAGUCGACGCUACCAGCACCACUUUAUGCUGCUCUCGACAUGCGGACGCGAUCGUCGGUAUACAAAAAGCAAGAUAAAACAACCCGACUACAGCGGCCGCGUGCGCGUGGGCUGGGACCAAUCCACGAACAAGGAAGUGUUUCUACGGGAACUCAAGAACCUGCGGGCCAUUGACUUGAGCGACGUGGGCGCAGCUCUGAAGCAGGCGUUCGAGCUCAUGAACCAGAUCCGGCUGCAGUUUAAUUGGGACAGCUACGCGCUCGGCCGCACGCCAUGGAACACGAAUGUGUCGGUGUGUGUGCUCCUCACAGACGCGACGAUGCUGUCGGAUGCUGAUGGGCUCGUGCAAGACGCGCUGGUGAUUGCGCCGUCUCACGCCGUGGGCGCAGAGCUCACGUUCGAGCCGUUUCGAUGGGACCAGCGGCUGUUUACAGUCGCUCUCAAGCUCUCGGCCACGAUGAAAGGACAACCUACGGUGCCCGUCGACUUGAUGGCACUGAGUGAAGCGACUGGUGGCAUGCUGUAUCUGCCGACGUCGAAAUCCGCAGUCGAGCAGAGCAUUGACCAGAUCAUUCUGAAGCUGAAAGCGGGAGCUAUGGUGAAACUCAAGUGUGAGAACAUGGACGGCGAAGCAGAGUUCCCCAUGACGAAGAACAUCAUUGCACCGAUUCCAAGUGCCAAGGAGUUCUCCUGGCCGAUCGCGGAAGCUUUUUGGCUGGAUCGCAACACGGCCGCGUUGCCAACAAGAGAUGCACAUCCGACGCUAGUGUAUUCUAGAACAGUGGAGACCGCUAUCGAGGCAGCAACGAGUCAUAUGUUGCUCGAUACACUCAAGUUCCCGGCGGACAGCUACAUGCUCGAGACGUCGAUUAGUCCGACCCCGAGUCGCGGGCAGCGAUGGCUGGUUUACGUUCAAGGCAGCAAAGGAGAUGGACGACUUGGAGACCCUAUUGGCAUACUUCGUGCACCUAGCUCGAGUCCUGGGACUCCGUCUUUGAAUGCGGUGCUCGUGCUGCUGCCGUACAACUUCCCCAAACUCUUCUCGCUCCUUGUGGAAGUUGCUCGAGUGUACCAAGCGAGCGGCCAGAACAUCAAUUCAGCGUCGAGUACGUGGAUGUUUCAAGCCAAGGCCAUGCCAUCGUCGUGGCGCGAAUCGUUCUCGUCAUACUUGAAUGGAUGCCCGAUCUACUACUAUGCUCCGCUGAAAAAGCAUUGCGCAAGUACAACCUGCACGACAUGGUGCCAGAGGUCCAGGAUUCAGGACGAAGCUACCAGAUCUCGAAUUUUCUGA